UUCACUGAGUUGUUGCUUCGAUCCAUUGGGUCCUGCCCUAUUUUACUGUGGAUGUCUUUCGUUAAUUUUGCAAGCUGAAAUUUCUAAUGGGGAAAUUAUGGCUUAAAAUGCCCUGAUAGGUGCUGACUUUUUUGGGGGAAUAAUUCUUUGCUAUCUCAGCUAUGUAACGGUGAGAUAUUUGGAUCAAGAUGGACAGAGAGGGAUCAAACCUCCCAGAAAACCAGGACAAUGACAGUCAAAUUUCCCCUUCACCAAGUGAUCAGACUACAGAUGAUGGAGCAAGUAAAGGUAUUAGAGCCAUACCAGAACAGAGGAAAGAUGCCACAGUAUGUUCAGACUGCCUACCACAACCUUCAAAUGAAACACCAACGGAAGAUUCAUGCAUUCAUUCGUCUCCAUUGCAAAGCUCCUCAGACAGUAAGAAAAGUAAAUUUGCUUGCCAAUCAGCAAGCUCACAAGUCCAUAGCAAAAACACUGAAGACGACCGCUGUGCCCAAUGCCUGCUCGCCUGCCUAUUUUGUGAACUGCUGUUCCUGUGCAAAUCCCUCCUUAAUACCACAUCAUGUGGUGGAUUCAAUACAUGCAGUUGCUGUGCUGAAGAUUUUGAAAACUACAGUCUGACUUGCUGCACGGAUUGUGAAGACCUGGAAGAAAGUUGUGUAAAUUCUGAUUGUGUGGGGAUUUGUUCUGAAUGCUGCGGUCUCUGUUUUCCAUCAUGACCACUGAGGAGAAAACCUUUGACCUGUAUGCUUAGUCCAGAUGCUGAACCUCGAGCUUUUGUAAUACAUUUUGAAAAAUAAGAAGGCAGUACAUUCAUGUAUGCAAAUAAAGCAGAAUACAAAUACAAAGCUCAUAUAACUUUAAUGAAAUUAAACAGCAAAACAAUGCCAUCCGUAAAUAUAUUAGUGCAUGCUUUGAUCUAAUGUGCAUUAUUUAUGCCUUUGUUUGUAAAGUCGUAAGAAUACAGAAAUUUAAUGAUGGUACAUCAACAAAUUAAUAUACUAAUGUUUGAGCAUUGAAUUUGAGUAUGCUUUGAAAUAUGCAUUCCAAUUAAAAUUAAUUAAUUAACCCAUGCAAAUUUAGAAUGAUUUCAGUUGUAGCAUGAAAGACAUAAUUUAGUUUACAAAAAUACAAAUGAUAUUCAUAAUCAAACUGGAUCCAUUUUGUAAAUAUUCAAAACCAGUGUAACAAAUUUGUUUGCCAUGUCUCUCUCAAGCUAUACAGUUUUUAAUAUUAUUAUCAACUAUAUAAAUAAAUAAAAGAUAU